AAUAAAUGAGGAGUAAUUUGAUUAAUUGAAUUAAUAAAUGAUUAAUUAUUUAUAUAAAUAAGUUACUUUAAGUUCAUAAACUUGUUUUUAAAUCCGCUUCUAAAGGAUACUUUUUAUUUUGGAGCAUUUUGGAACUAUCUUGACAUAUUGUCGUCUGCUGGACUCUAAACAGAUGCACAUUUCGGAGUUAUCUUGCUAAAAAAAAAGUGUUAUUGUGUCACUAUUUGUAAAGAUUAGUGAUAAUACAAGCCGAUUUGACUCAAGUUUUCAUUUCAGCUCAAUAUCGUUACUGGAAUUAGGUUAUUUCUAAUAAAAAUGUGGUAUUAAUUCAUUAGCUGUCAUGUGGCUGUUGUAAACACUAUAUCGGCAGAAAACAAUGAUUAUUGCUUGUAGUUUUUGAGGUGGCAAUAGAUUAUUUGACUUAAAAUUGGAAAAAUUUUAGUAAUCAUGAUUGAGAACAAAACUAAGUUCUGAUAAUGACUAUAUCUUCGAGAAAAAUGGAAAAUCCGACGCUAGUUGCCAAAUACUUUUAUAUUAUAUUCGUUGUAGCUCUUUACUGGUCAGUUUCGAUUUUAACAGUUUUCGUGAAUAAGGCUUUGCUUUCGAGUGAAGCAGUACAUUUAAACGCACCACUUUUUGUAACGUGGUUUCAAUGUAUUGUGAGUGUUUUUAUAUGCUUGCUCCUCAAAUGCUGCGCCUCAAUAUGCCCGAAUCUUAUCAAUUUUCCCGAAGGUCAUCCUUUCCAAAGAGAUGUUAUGAAAAAGGUUCUACCUUUGUCUAUUAUUUUUACUGGGAUGAUAGCUAGCAACAAUUUGUGCUUAAAGUACGUUGGAGUUGCAUUUUAUUAUAUAGGCCGAUCUCUUACGACAGUAUUUAAUGUGAUCUUCACUUACACAAUUCUUGGAGAAAAAACAUCCGCUGGAGCCGUCACUUGUUGUUUAAUAAUCGUUGCUGGUUUUUGGCUCGGGGUUGAUCAAGAGCACGUCGCAGGAUCUUUUUCAGUAAUCGGAACUUUAUUCGGCGUUCUGGGUUCGUUGACGCUCUCUCUCUACUCGAUCCACACGAAAAGGGUCCUUCCAGCCGUGAAUCAGGAAAUCUGGCUUCUCUCCUAUUACAACAAUGCCUACAGCAUAAUAAUUUUCAUUCCUCUGAUGCUCCUCAAUGGAGAAUUCAAUGAGCUCAUGAACUACGAUAAACUGUACGAGCCAUUUUUCUGGGGCGCCUUGAUGGUGGGCGGCGUCUGUGGAUUUUCCAUCGGGUAUGUUACCAUGCUUCAAAUAAAAGUCACAUCGCCCCUGACUCACAAUAUCAGUGGAACUGCAAAAGCCUGUGUGCAGACAGUCCUCGCAACUUAUUGCUACAACGAAAGCAAACCAACUCUUUGGUGGAUAAGUAAUUUUGUUGUGCUUGGUGGAAGUGCUGCUUAUGCUCGAAUUAAGCAACUCAAUAUGGAGAGAGAACACAAUAAAUAUCAGAUACUCGCAGAUAAAUCGCGAGUUUAAAGUGCAAACAGGGCCGUCCAUAAACUAUGUUACCAAUUUUAGGAGAGGUGGUCACCCCAAAAACUAUGAUUUGUAACAGGGGGGAUCAGUGAAAGUAAAUUAAGAUCUUAUAUAUCACGUUUAGUAAAUUCUACUAGUAAAAGGUUACCUCAAAUGUUACUUUUUUCACUUCCUUAAUUUUAUAAUUUAAAAAUCAAAAUAAAUAAGGUGAUCAUUCUUAAGAACAUUUCCAGCUAUCUAAAGUUUUUCCAGCUAUUAGGAAUGGUGGUCUACCAUUUCGCCACAUGGUGCCGAAAAAUGGAACUAGAAAGAGU